AUGGAGAGAAACGAUGACAAGUCCGCCGUUGUGCCGACCGUGGCGCCGCACGUGGCAUCGGCGAAUGACCGCCGGGCGUCAGUGCCGCUGCGCGCCCGCGUCUCCCGCCGCAUGACGGUGCCGUGUCUGCGAUCUGCUGAGAAGGGCAGCUGCUGGCAGGACACUGCUGCUGUGUCUGCCGCUGUUGUUGCUACUUCUCCCCGGCGUAUGUGGCGCAUCCCGCACGGCCGCGGGGGAACCAAGAUGGAGCCACGGGUGCUGGCGCGUAAAGACACCAGAGCUGCUGGAUCGUCAGAGAAACCACGGCUGCUGCUGCCACGCUGCAAACCAAAUACGGUACACAUGACGUUCACCAACGCGGGGAACGCCGUCGUGCGCUCUGCUUGGGGAUCGGUGGGCAGCCCGACGGACCCAACAGAUGGGAAGGUGACAUUUCUCACGUAUCCGCGCAGUGGCAGCAGUAGAGGCCGAAAGGUUAAGGCAGAGGAGGCGGUGACAGAGCGGCUGCCGUGGGGGCGGUUCACGAUACAGCGCACACAGCCGCUGCCGCCGAUCGAGAAGUCGGAGCAGCAGGUAGCUUUGCCCGGUAACGGCGCCGUCAUUUCAGUUCAAGAAGACA